UUUUUAAUACUUUUUUUUUUUUUAAUUAAAGUUGCGAUGCCUGCAGGGGAGGACGGUGACGUCAUCACUUAGACGCCUUUAAGGUCGCCUCGUAAACUGAGGAAUUCUGAGUUUCCUUUGUAAGAUCUCUUACUUCAGGGACCGAUAUAGAAACUUUUAAACAGUUUUAAAUGGGGGGCCUGUUAGUUAAGUAGGAAGCAUGUAGAUAUUCUGAAAGUACCAAAAGCAAAAGUGCUCCCUGCCGAGCCGUUUAUAUUAGUCCUGGAUCCUAAUCAUUGAUGCCUUAAUGUGAACUUCAGCUUAAUGUUGCAGCUGCAGAAGGUGGUGAAGGUUCAUGUGAGUUACUUUACAGGCUGCUGGGAGUUCUCUUGAAUUCCCCCCCGGGGAUCAAUAAUCUUAUUUUAACCUAUAUUUUCUAUAACAAGUGUGAAUGUGAAAAGUAACUGAAGUCUUCAGAUAAAUGCCGUAAAGUAAAUUUACGGUUGUCGACCAAAGACCUUUACCGAGAUGAGAUUGUGAGAUUAUUUGAGGGAUGAUCACAGUCGAGUAAAAACACAGACAUAUUUAAAAGGAUUUAGGAGAAUCAAUAAAAGCGUAGAAUAAAUAAAUCUGGACAAAAUCCUAAAAAACAACAGCAGCAUUUCACAGAGAACAGUGGAAAGUGAAAGUGAAGUAGAAGUGGAAAAAACUCAAAGUAUCUCUACAGCACUUAGUAAAUGUAGCCUCCACCACCGGUGGGCGCUGCCUCAUAAUCUGUCCACGAACACACCCAUGACUCUAUCGGGUUGUAUCACGGGACCCGCAGGGACGUGGAGAAUUCCGAGGGUCCGGGAAGGCAGCAUGACGACGGCCUGGUUCCGCGGUCCGCCUGCGGAGUGUGUGUGAGUGUGUAAGAGUUUGAGAGUGUGUGUGUGUGUGUGUGUUUCGGGAUCGGCCGGAGUCUGGUUCUGACGUUUUAACUGACUUCUACUGAAACUUUCAAACGCAGCAGCUUCCGGGAUGAACGCGCUGCGGCGGUGUCACCUUCGGCGGGUCGGGACCUGGAGAGGUUUCCAUGUGACAGCGCCUGUGGUGACCUUUGACCUAAGAAAAGUUGAACUGACGCCUCUGGAGCAGCGGAAACUCACUUUCGACUCCCACGCCAUGGCGACGGAGCUGGAGAGCAGCGGUUUUGAGAAGCGUCAGGCGGAGCUGAUCGUUUCAGCUCUGGUGACCCUGACCACGGCGAACAUGGACAUCGUCUAUAAAGACAUGGUGACCAAGUCCCACCAGGAGAUCGCCGUGCAGCAGAUCGUGGCUCACCUGGACUCCAUCCGGAAGGACAUGGUGAUCCUGGAGAAGAGCGAGUUCGCCAGCCUGCGCUCUGAAAACACGAAAAUGAAGCGAGAGCUGGAGCAGCUACAACACAGACUGAAGGAGGAGAGUCUGAAAGUCCGAGCAGAAACCAAACUGGACAUCAACCUGGAGAGAAGCAGGAUCUCUGACAUGGUGAGUCAUGUCUGGACUCACUUAACUGACGUCACCACGCGUGUCUCGUGUGGUCAGAAAGCCGACCUGGAGAACGACAACAUGGAGAUCAACAAGAAGAUCGACCUGCAGGUGGCCUCGCUCAAAACCGUCCUGGAGUCUCUCAAACUGGAGACGAUCCGCUACCUGGCAGCGACGGUGUUCUCCUGCCUGGCCAUCGCGCUGGGAGUCUACCGGCUGUGGAGGUGAAGGAUCCAGCGCUCGGGACCACAGAGCGACCGGGACAUGGUCCAGUAAACCUCCUUCCAAGUACUCACGGCCUUUACUUCGGUAUAAGUACCAAUACAGCACAGUAAAAUACUCCAUUACUUAAUUAACAGAAGUAUUAUCGGCAAAAUAUAGCUAAAGUAUCAGAAGCUGAAGUGCUCAUUCUGCAGAAACACUGGGGUAAAUACUUACUCAUGUUCUGUAUCUACGUACAGUGCGGAGGUAUUUGUACUUUACUGGAAAAUAUACUGAAUAUUUUUAAAGUAAAAGUAUACCAGUAUUCUCAGCUUCGUGUAUCAGCAGUGUACUUUUACGGAAUGCGGGACUUUUGCUUCAGUGAAGGACCUGAGUUGCACCACUGAAGAUUUCCCUUUAGUGGAGUAGAGGAAUAAAGUCGCACACGCAGGAAAUACUCCAGUAAAGUACAAGUACCUCGACGCUACUUCUGUUGUACCCAGUUUAAAUGAAUGGAGAGAUUCAGCGGUGACGAGCGUAAACGUUGUUUUACUUUGAUUUGUUUUAUUUGCUGUAAAUGUGUUUUACGAUCGUUUUCAAAUAAAGAUUUGAAGUCAGAAAUUAACAACUAAAAAAAGUGGUUUUAUGGAAAAUUUCACUAACAUAAGAUGUUAGAUACUGGAAUCACUGCUACUGUAAUAAAAAGAAAUAAACCCAAGAACUGACAAGACUUCACAAUCAUAAUAAUUAUCAUCAUUUUCAAAAUGCCUCAGUCGUGUCGUGAUCUUUUCACAUCGUACCAGUGUUUUUAUAAACCCCUUUUUAAUUUGACCUAUUUCAUGGAUUCAGAACGUUUGUAAAUUGUUUUAAUCUCUUUCAACCAUUAAACCAUCAGUUAGUGAAAUA